AAGCUCAGCAAAGCAGAAGUCUUGUCCCCAUGUGAGAAAUCCCACAGACACUUGCCUAACACAGAAGACAACAUGGAUAUCAAAACUGUAAUUAAAACCCAGGGAAGUAUUUCCAGCCUAAGGGAUUUGUCAGACAGUGGUGAAGACCUGCUUAAUUUUAAUGAUACGGUCAGUGUCACUGCUGGAAUUGCAGAGGAAUACUGCAGCAGACAGGUGCCUUCCUGCCUUACAGAUGUACCCCCUUGUCACACAGACAACUGUUGCCUUAACACAGAAGACUCUGAAUCUGGUCAGACUCUGGCAGAUGUCCAGGCACACGAAAAGCCUGGGCUGGGCAGACCUCAAACCACGGAUUCUCUGCUCAGUGAGCAGGCAAUCACGGGAAAUCACAGUGAUUUUGUGACAGAUGAUUCUGCAAAUUCUGCCACUGUUCUGGAGGUUCGUGCAGAGAAAGUUCCAAGUGUAAGUGAUGACUUCUCUGAUGAUGACAUGGAGUACUUUGAGUGUUCAGAUGUGCUGACAGUGUAUGAAGAUGAAAUCUGGAAAAAGAAAUUACAAUUUUUGCUAGAAAGUGAUGAUGAGGAUGAUCUAAAACUGAGUAAGGAUUGUGAUGGGUGUGCUUACUUCCUCAGCGAAACGCCUUAUCUGCUCCAAGUGUCAGAUAACACUACGCCUAUGGAUACCCCCAUUGGCUUCUCUGGUCAUCACUCAAAAUUCAAAGGAGUAAAUGUAAGGAGAGACCCCUCUAUGUACAGCCAGUCAACUCUGCAGACAGAGAUGACUCUCACUGUUGGGCACCACCGAGAGAAAAGUACUGGUUUGAAAGACAAAGAGAAGAAUAAAGUGCCUGUCGCAUCUGCAGCCAUUGGAAAUGAACACCCCAGGAGUGAAGAGGAGACUGGUGGAAGUGGCCAGUCGGCUGCAGGUGUCUCACCUGGCAGCCCAGAGCACGGGGAGGCUGUGCCUGCCGAGGCAGAGCCCCCUGCCAGGGCCAUAGGCUCUGCCUGGACAGAGCGGGCUCCGGGGGCCGUGGCAGAAGAUGGGGACGUGCUGGGCAAAGGCUCUGUGCUGCUGCAGCAGGGGAGAAGGAAUGUGCCUGAGGAAAACGCACAGCAUGCUGUCUGUACCUUGACAGAGAGUCUGAGAAGAAACUUCUUCAAGCUGUUCAACCCUAUAGAGCUUUGCAGAUAUGUUAGUACUAUAGGGCAAUCUUUCCAGGCUGCUGCAGAGGUUAAGGAAUGCAGCGCUCCGUCCCCCGACCAGGGAGGUGUCCUUUCAACACUGACUCCUGGGGAGACAGAAAGCCUGGAAAUGCAGGCUGGGCUGUGUCAGACAGAAGAGGCAGAUAAAGACUGUCGCUGGGAAGGGAAGAGGACUCCGGGCCUGGCUGAGCAAAAUCGGAUGCCGGCUGAGAAUGUCUCACUUGGGAAUCAAGGUACUGAUCUGAAGAGUGUUACCCAGAAUUGUGAGAGACCCUGUAUGGAGUCCCAAACAGAACAGGAAGGCGCCUCCAGGGCUUGUGAGAGUGCAGGAACCAGCCAGCCAGAUGCAGAAAUGCUCUCGACUGAAAACACGUUGCAAGCAAAGAAUACAGACCUCCAGACCUCCGUUCAACACUGUGUUCCUUGUGAUAAAAGAGAAAGUUGUCACCAAGAAGUCAUCUGUGGGCAAGAAAUUAUUAGUAAUGGCAACAAAUCAAAGCAUGACAUUUCACCUCUUCCUGUAUGGGAUACAGACUCUGUUCCUAAUAAACAGGAGUGCUUAUGUGCUGUUCUCUCUUCUGCAAAGCUGUGUGAUGAGCCAAGGGAGGGAGAGCAUAGGUAUGGUUUUGAUGUGCAUGAGAGCAGUGACCCGGAUAUUCUCUGCAGCUUGUCAGGUGAUGAGGCUGUUUUUGAAGCCAAUCCCAAAUCGAUCCUGGAGUCUGGAGAACCUGGGUGCAAAGAAGAUGCUGAUACAUCUGCAGUACAUGAAGAGCUGUGGAAACUUCUUCAUGAAGAUGACUCAGACUAUCAAAUCCCCUUUGAAAACCGAGGGACCACAAGUUUAGAAAUGACGCCAACAGAUGUCAGAGUUACGGAAUCGAAUGUGGUGUGGGAGACCUGUUCUGAUCAUCCUUUGCCCAUGGAGCUGAUAGAAGAGCAGGAACCAGUGACAGAACCAGCCAGUAACCACAGAACUGAGAAAGCUGACUGCAAUGUUUCUGAUCUCCUCCUUCCCACAGCUGAAGUGUGUAACAGUGCAUCCAUAGGACACAUUUGUCUUGCAGGAGUGGUAGGAGCAGAUGGUGUCUGUGUACAUUGCAGCGCUGUAAACCGAACAGAAACGCCACCACCCAUUUGUGUUUCAGCAAACAGUACAGGGGAGUGCUUGGAGCCAAGGACAAGGGUGACUGCCAGCAGUGGAUCCCCAGUGGCUUGGGAAGGAGAGCUUGCCGUUAACAAUGCUGCCCAGACAUGUGAUGCGGAGUCUCCUCGAAGGUUACAAAAUGCUCAGAGUGGGAAUUUAGCAAACCCAGCUUACAUGUCAGGGACAUCACAUGGGACCAUUGGACAGUUGCUUCAUUCUGAGCACAACAUAUCCUUGGUAAGUGAGUCUGUACCUAGUGAAGGCUGUCGUUUUAGGGACUGCUGCCUGGAGACAGGACAACUGGACUAUUUCCCUGAAAAGAAAGACAUUUUCCCCAGUGAAAGUACCAGUCAGUUUACACAUGAAGAACAUUCAUCUGUUAACACCGUGCAUGAAAGUUACAAAGUGAAUUUACAAGAAAAAGGAAAUUACUCAGACUUGAAUGCACAAAAUGACACUAUUUCUGACAGUUACCACCUUUCAGAAAGGAAUGGCUGUCAGGAUUUUCCAGUCGUUUUUGACACAGAGAAAUGUGCUCAUGUAAUGCAAUUGCCUGCUUUAAUUAAAACUCCCCAAACCAAAACACAUAACAAUCUGCUCCAAAAUACAGACCAACUGACAGAAAUAGCAAACCAAGAGGGGGCACCCACUGCCUCUUCUGGGCAUCCGUUUUUAAGGGAUUUUUAUCUAGGAGUGCCCAACUCUGAGCCAUGUAAACCAGGAGGAGAGCAGAGAGAGAUCUGCACAGCUGAUGAACACAGGGCUGAAACGUCCUGUGGCUCAGGAGUUGGUCAGGCUUCAGAGAGUCAGACUGCAGUUUCCCCUUGUAAUAUUGCAGAACAUGUAUUUUUUGUUGACAGCACCUUCAAGUCUGAUGAAGAGUUAAAGAUAGAUACUUCAAAAACUCCCACGUACGGAAGUGUAACACCAGUCAGUGCCCCACUGCCCAGGACAGCUCAGAGUGAGCACCACAGCACCGCAGGCGAGGAGUGUCGAGGUGCUGGCGACCAGUUAGGUACUCCAGAACUGACUGGGAAAGAAACACUGCCAUUCCUCACACCUGUGAGCGACUCAGAGAGCCUUCUUCCCGGUGCAUCAGCAGUGGGGUGUCCCGGCACAGGCAGUCAGGUACAAACUGGAUCCACACAGACUGGAGUCAAAGUGAAUGGAGAUUUGAGUACACCGGAAGCUCCCUGCCAGGCAUCGCGGGGCCUGUUCCAGAGGGCGCCUGGAGACACGCAGGAGGAAGCAGCCUUGUGUGAAAGUGAACAGGAGAUCCAAAGAGCUAUUGAACACAACCCGGAUGAAGCCGAAACAAAGGGUCCUUCGCACACCUCAGUUAGCUCCCAGGCUCAGAGACGUACUACGACUAUUAGCGCGGAGCAGUCCUGGCCUGGCUCGAUCCCUUCCAGCAAGCUGACUGAGGCUGGUCAUUCAGUGAAGUCCACUGAAGACAAUAACGAGGAAGAAGUCAUGACAGCAGAGAGCGUAGUAAGUGGUUUAGUGAAUUUGCCACCAGUUGACUCAGGGAACAGCCGGUGUCGCCAGGAGCAGCCACCCUGCAGCAGAACUCGGCCGUUCUCCUCGGCGGUGACCGAGCGUGAUCCCUUCCCAGUCAACGCAGAAAGGCAAAGAAAUCAGGAAGGGCCAAACUCCUGGCAGGCACCCCCAGCUGCUGCAGAGCCUGAGCCCGUCGAAGGUAAACAGGACACAGCAAAGAGUGGACAUGCAGCUGCUGGAGCUAAGAAGAAAUUACCCCCGGCAGCUCUGUCCAAAAAGCCCCGACUGGAGGAGAAGGGGAGUGUCAGCAAGGAUCCCAGCUGUGCUGGAAAGCCUGGGAAGGGCGAGGCAGGCGCGACCCAUAAGGAAGACAGAAAAGAGCAAAGGAAACUAAUUUUGAAAAAGGAUACCAAAG